AUGCCUCAAAGACUUGUACAGUCCUUGAGAAUCGGCAAAGCUGUCCAUUGCCGGAGCUUGAUACUUGGAAUGGAUUCACAAGGCAGAUUAGGCAACGCCAUUGUUGAUUUGUAUGCCAAGUGUGCACAAGUGUCUUAUGCUGAGAAGGUCUUCGACUCUCUUGAAAAGGAUGUAACCGCGUGGAACUCGAUGCUCUCGAUGUAUUCAAGCGUUGGGCUGCCAGCGAAGGUCUUAAGGAGUUUUGUAUCAUUGUUCGAGAAUCUGAUUUUUCCAAAUAAAUUCACUUUUUCGAUUGUUUUAUCAACCUGUGCUAGGGAGAGGAAUAUAGAGUUUGGCAGACAGAUUCAUUGCAGUAUGAUAAAGAUGGGACUUGAACGCAAUUCGUAUUGUGGAGGGGCUCUAGUUGAUAUGUAUGCCAAGUGUGAUCGUAUAGGUGAUGCUCGACGAGUUUUCAAUGGGAUAGUGGAUCCUAAUACAGUUUGCUGGACAUGUUUGCUUUCUGGCUAUGUCAAGGCUGGUUUGCCAGAGGAAGCCGUCAUAGUAUUUGAAAAGAUGCGGGAUGAAGGACAUCGGCCUGAUCAUUUAGCUUUUGUGGCUGUCAUAAAUACGUACAUCAGUUUGGGGAAGCUGAAGGAUGCACGUCUAUUGUUUGGGGAGAUGCCAAGUCCAGAUGUGGUAGCGUGGAAUGUAAUGAUUUCAGGGCAUGGGAAACGAGGAUGUGAGGCGGUAGCUAUUGAAUAUUUUCUCAAUAUGCGGAAAUCUGGUGUUAAAUCGACUCGUUCUACACUAGGAAGCGUUUUGAGUGCCAUUGGGCUUGUAGCAAAUCUUGAUUUAGGCUUGGUCGUUCAUGCAGAGGCUAUUAAACAAGGCCUUGCCUCCAAUAUUUAUGUUGGCAGUUCUUUGGUCAGCAUGUACUCGAAAUGUGAGAAAAUGGAGGCUGCUGCAAAAGUAUUUGAAUCUUUGGAGGAGAGAAAUGACGUCUUAUGGAACGCGAUGAUAAGGGGCUAUGCGCAUAACGGCGAAGCCCACAAGGUUAUGGAACUGUUUAUGGAUAUGAAAUGCUCUGGUUUUAACAUUGACGAUUAUACAUUUACAAGCCUGUUAAGCACAUGUGCUGCAUCUCAUGAUCUAGAAAUGGGCAGCCAGUUUCACUCACUUGUCAUCAAGAAGAAGUUAACGCAAAACUUAUUUGUAGGAAAUGCAUUAGUAGAUAUGUAUGCUAAAUGUGGAGCUCUGAAAGAUGCAAGGAAGAUUUUUGAGCUCAUGGGUGAUCGUGAUAAUGUAUCCUGGAACACAAUAAUUGGAGGUUAUGUCCAAGAUGAGAAUGAGAGUGAGGCUUUUGACUUGUUUAAGAGGAUGAUUUCGGGCAGUAUGGUAUCUGAUGGAGCAUGUUUGGCUAGCAUACUUAAGGCGUGUGCAAAUAUUCAUGGUCUUUAUCAAGGAAAACAAGCUCACUGCCUCUCUGUCAAGUGUGGCAUUGACACAGAUCUUCAUGCUGGUAGCUCACUCAUUGACAUGUAUUCCAAGUGUGGGGUCAUUGAAGAUGCACGGAAAGUUUUCUCGUCUAUGCCUGAGUGGAGCGUUGUGUCAAUGAAUGCUCUAAUUGCAGGUUAUUCACAGAACAACUUAGAAGAAGCUGUAGUUCUCUUUCAAGAAAUGCUGACAAGAGGUGUUAACCCAUCUGACAUCACGUUUGCCACCAUUAUAGAAGCUUGCGAUAAACCAGAAACUUUGACCCUAGGAACACAAUUCCAUGGUCAAAUAGUAAAGAGGGGGGCUUUAUAUGAGGGUGAAUAUCUAGGGAUUUCUCUUUUGGGCUUGUACAUGAAUUCAAGUAGAAUGGCGGAGGCUUGUGCUCUCUUCUCAGAGUUACCAAGCCCUAAGAGUAUUGUUCUUUGGACGGGGAUGAUGUCAGGGCAUAGUCAGAAUGGUUUCUAUGAGGAGGCUUUGAAGUUCUACAAAGAAAUGCGUCAUGAUGGUGCUCUACCUGACCAGGCAACCUUUGUCACUGUUCUCCGAGUGUGUUCUGUCCUUUCCUCUUUAAGAGAAGGUAGAGCUAUCCAUUCUAUUGCCUUCCACUUGGCUCAUGACUUAGACGAGUUAACCUCUAACACCCUAAUUGACAUGUAUGCUAAAUGUGGGGACAUGAAAAGUUCAACACAAGUUUUCCAUGAAAUGAGGCGUAGAAGCAACGUUGUCUCAUGGAAUUCCAUGAUCAAUGGGUAUGCGAAAAAUGGUUACGCAGAAGAUGCCCUUAAGAUCUUUGGUUCCAUGAGGCAAGCCCAUAUUAUGCCAGAUGAAGUCACAUUCCUAGGUGUUCUAACAGCUUGUAGCCAUGCAGGGAAAGUGUCAGAUGGACGGAAGAUUUUUGAGAUGAUGAUUAGUCAAUAUGGUAUUGAUGCGCGUGUAGAUCAUGUAGCUUGUAUGGUUGAUCUUCUUGGGAGAUGGGGCAAUCUUCAAGAAGCUGAUGAUUUCAUCAAAGCGCAAAAUCUGAAACCAGAUGCAAGACUAUGGUCAUCUCUUCUUGGUGCAUGUAGAAUCCAUGGAGAUGACAUUAGAGGAGAAAUUGCUGCUGAGAAACUUCUUGAAUUAGAACCACAAAACUCGUCAGCUUAUGUUCUUCUUUCAAACAUAUAUGCCUCACAGGGUCGUUGGGAAAAGGUCAAUGCUUUGAGGACAGCCAUGAAAGACAGAGGAGUCAAGAAGCUACCUGGAUGUAGCUGGAUUGAUGUGGGACAAAGAACACACAUUUUUGCUGCAGGAGACAAAUCUCAUUCUGAUAUAGGGAAAAUUGAGACAUUCCUUGAAGAUCUAUAUGACUUGGUGAAAGAUGAUUCCAUCGUCAAUCCUGAUAUCGUGGAACAUGCUUCUCUUGAUUAUGUGUAA